AACCAUCAAAACAAAAGAAAAACUAUUUAAAAAGGACAAAUAAAAUCAGAUAUUUGCGAGCAAAGAUUAACAGCAGGACACGGAGCAGAGAGAGAGUGACAGAGAGUGUUUUGUGAAAGUGAAGAAAUUAUGCCUCACAGCAGUUUUUCCGGUUCUCUGUCAUCUCCGAAGUUGGACCUGGGGAUCGACACGGGCAACGUCUUCUUCAACCACACCAUUGAUGGGUUCUUGAAGAUCGGCACCGUCGCAGCUACCAGAGCAGCUGUAGAGGAUGCAUAUCACGCUGCGAGAAGAGGGAGAAUUUCAGGUCACAAUUUUGAGGAGACGCUGAAGAAGAUGUGCAAGGAAGGCGCGUAUUGGGGAACUGUGGCAGGAGUUUAUGUGGGAAUGGAGUAUGGAGUGGAGAGGGUUCGUGGCACUAGAGAUUGGAAGAAUGCGAUGAUUGGUGGUGUGCUGACAGGUGCUCUGACAGGUGCUCUGUUAUCUGCAGCCGGCCACAAUAACAAAGAUAAGAUUGUGGUGGAUGCCAUUACUGGCGGUGCAAUUGCAACUGCGGCGGAGUUCCUCAACUAUCUCACCUGAACCGGUAUUUCUAAAAUUCUCCUUUAUCUCUCUGCUCAUUCUGAGGAGGAAGAACUGUCUGCUCUGUUUCUUAUGUCAUUUUUCUUUUGAGUUUGUAAGACAAACCACUGAAUGCUAGUCAAUCGAGUCCAACUAUUUGGUGGGAAUCUAGUUGUUUUUUACAUUCCUUUCCUAUCCAAAUAAACGAAAGGGUGUUCUUUUUCCCGUAUAUAAUCAGUCUUUUCUACCA